AAUCAGCCUUCCUUACUUUGCGCCUGCCCCUCCUACAAAUUUCGCGAUCAGUACCACCCCCUUUCCACCAUAUAUACCCAUCCCAUCUUCCAUACAUGUCGACUCCAUGUCUCUAGUCCAUCGGAUCGAUACAGAAGUGCGAUUAUUAUACGUCCCUGAUUUCGGCGACUGACAAAAAUCCCUUGGACCAACCAGACUUUAUAAGAGAGGUCCAUCACCAACAGACUACCACAUUCCAACAACUGGAACAUUUGCAUAAGGUUUCAAUCAAACCAAGCAACACAUACCAUUAUCGAUAACAUCCAUCUCGAAACACAACAAUACCCACUUCAACUCCAAGGCCGAUUGAAUAUCGGUCUCGAGGUCAUUAUAUCGACACAACAACAAAGUCAUACGUCCCCACAACCACAUUCACAAUGUGUGUCACCAACGUUUACGUCGACCGGUAUCCGGAUGGCAAGGAGCUCGAGUUCCGCCAUACUGAGAUCUGUCAAUAUGGAGCUCCAGGUCGUCCAUGCCCAAAGCUCUCUACAUUGGAGAAUCCAGUCCGCAACAUCCAAUUCGGAGAACCAACCACCGAAUACAUGAUGACAGCUCAUCGACGAUCCUUCCCUCACACACCUCCUCGCUCAUCUGGUGGCUCACACCACAGACGCCAAUCCUCAUCCGUUAGUUCAGACGACAAGAAUGGCAGAGAAGGAGGCAUCAGACGGCGAACAAGCGAAAGAAAGAGAGAAGUCCCCGCUCUCCGACCAACAAGAACCCACCGCAAAGAGCGCAUCAUCAUCGUCGACUCACCACCCACUCCCAGAACACCCCCUCAAACAUUCGGCCAGACGUUCUCCGUCCCCAACUCUCCCGCCAGCCCACCAUUCAUCGUCGAUGGUUUACCGCGCGAGAGAGGCCGUCCUAUAAUCGUCGAUGAACGACCCAUGCAACGAGAGCGUGAACGAGAAAUUAUCAGAGAAAGAGAAAGCGAUAAUGCGCGCCGCCAACGCGUCCCCUCCAUCGGCGCCGUAGUCGGCGGUCGUCGUCGACUCUCUACCUCUCGAGAGCGCUUUGGCUGGGACUCACCUAGCUCAUCACACACCUCCUUCGACUCCCGCGCUCGUCGAGAAGUCGAAGAGAUCGAGCGCCGCAAACGCGAGCGCGAAGAAUUAGAACGUGAAAGAGAGAAAGCUGAACGCAAUAGAGAAAUGAAAGAGUUUGAACGAGAGCGGAAAGAGAGAGACAGAGAGCGCGAAGACAGGAUCGCGGCGCUGGAAGCUGAGCGUCGGCGGGAAGAACGGAUCCGAGCUCAAGACGAGGAGAUUCGUCGCCGGCCAGCUGUUCCUGUGCCGCCAUCCCCACCUCGCAGGGGAAUCUUGAAGCCCGUUGUUACGAGUCCCGGACGCCCGGACCCGAAUGAGGUCUUACUAGGCGUGGGCAGCCUGACGAUUGGGGAGCGGGAGAGGCCGCUGGUCAUGAGCGCGGGGGAGAGGGCGAUUAUCGAGGAGAAGGAGAUUCGGCGGCGGUUGGAAGAGAGGGAUCGCGAGAUCCGGGAGCGGAUGUUGGAGAAGGAGGAGGAGGCGAUGAAGCAGCGGUUGAAGGAGAGGCAGAUGCCGAAGAGGCGGUUUAGUGUUGGGCCGGGGAAUCGGAGGCAUCGGGUGCUUUAUGAUGAUGGGGUUUAUAGGUGGGAAUGAGUGUGUGUAUAGGAAGGAGAGCAGUUGAUGGAGAAGGAGGGAGGUGGUUGUCGUCUUUCUGCAGUAGAUAGAUAGAUAUAGAUGGCAAUUGUACUUGUUCAUUUACCCUCCAAUUAUCAUUACUUG